GAAAUACAAAUAAAUAGUUAUUAACAAUAAGUAGACAAAAUGGUUGCUGCUAGAUUAGUAUCAUAUAGAUUAAAAAUUAAUGAUAAUUAUAGUUGAUUAUAGUGAAUAGAACACGAAAGAAUAGUUAAAGGUUAAUCCAUAGAUCUUAAUAAAGUUAUAAAUACGUUCGAUCGUACGGAGUCCACUUGAUUUAAGGUUAUGUUAAUCACAGAUCAUUGGAUUUAAUAAGAUUACUUAUGCGUAAUCGUAAAUUUAUAUCAGCAUUUAUAUCUAUGAGAAUAAAUCAUGUCUGAUGAUAAAACAAGUUUGCCAGUAGCUCCAAAGGAUUUAUGUUUCUUCGAGCAUGAAUUUAUUCAGAGUAAUUUUAAUGUGGAUACUUUUCUUCAUAAUCAUCGAAAAAUCGUGAAACUUGAAACUAUGAGAGAUGAUUUAGGCAUAUAUUUAAAGUUAUUAAGAUCUGCUAUGAUCGACUUAAUUAAUAGAGAUUAUACAGACUUUGUUAAUCUUUCAAGUAAUCUCAUUGGUCUUGACAAAGCAAUUAGUAGCUUGGAAAUGCCACUUAGUCAACUUAGAGAAGAAGUUAUGCAAAUUCAGCAAACAUUAAAUGAAGAAAUAAUCAUUCUAUCCAAUAAUUUAAAUGACGAUAGCCAAAUAAAAUUACAGAAACAAAGCUUACACAGCUUGCAAUGUGUUUAUAAAUGUUUAAGAAAAUUGUCUUCAAUGCUAUCGAUGGAUAAUUAUAUGGAAAGUUUUACAAAAAUUGAUGUUUUAGAACAAGCUACAGCAGAACUGAAUCAUUUGAAAUUUAAUGCAUCCAGAUGCAGAUCAGAUAUCUCUAUAGAUCAGCAGACAGAAAGCAAGAAAUUAGAAGAUCUCUUAAUAACGCAUCUGAAUGAGUUAUUUUUAGUUUGUAUACAUGAAAAAGAUUCUAAUUUAUUAAUUCGUUGUUUGAGAAUAUAUAUUAUGCUUGAUAAUGUUACAACUGCAGAAUUAGUAGUAAGAAGAGACGUUAUUAGUCCAAUUAUAAAUAAUAUACUUCAAGACGAAGAUUCACAAACUGAAUUUAAUAAUCUUCAAAGUAUUUACAAUAGAUUAUUAAAUAUUUUAAGCGGAGAACUCAAACAACUUUUAGACAUCACAUUAUACUCCAAUAGGAUACAAGUAAAGGGUUUUAAUUUCUUGGUAAAUAGUUUUUGGAUUGAAAUAGAAGAAAAAAUUGAUCAGCAAUUGAAAUAUAUUUUUGCACCUGGAAAUCCUGAAUUGUUCCAUAAAAGAUAUACAGAAACAAUGUGGUUUCGAAAAAAGCUGGAAGAAUUCUAUGAUGUACCUGCUCAUAUAAGCAUAUUGAAAGAUCAUCUACAAUAUAAAAAUUUUCUUAAGAAAUGGAAUCUACCAGUUUAUUUCCAAAUUCGUUUUCAAGAAAUAGCCGGUACAGUCGAAACAGCAUUUAAAGAGUCUAUUUCACCUGAAUUGAUUAAAGGAUCUGCAAAUAUUCUAAUGCUAGAAGAAUUUUCUCUUUACACAACGUCUAUCGUCUGGAAUUGUUUGUACAAGAUAUGGUCUGAAAAUAUAUAUCUAUCUCAACUUUUUCAAGAAUUUUGGAAAUUGACUCUGCAAGUAUGUUCAAGAUAUCAAACAUGGGCUUGCACAGCAAUAAGACAAAAGUGGCAAGAAAGUAAUAAGCCUGAAAGUAUAGCAAAUAGUAAUCGUUAUACUAAAUUGGAUUUCUUGAUAUAUUUGUAUUGUGAUGUAGAAAAAUUUGUGAAUGGAUUACCAAAUCUCCUACGGAUAGUGCAGUUAAAAAAUCCAAAUCAAAAUCCUGCUACAUUUAAAUUAUUAGAAGAUUGUUUGACUGAAACAUCUAAAACAAUUACAAUGAUUUUACAACUUACUACAGAAGAAAUUGUAAAUGAACUUAUAAUGCAUUGUGUGAUAUACUUGAAACAAGUCAGUGACAUUCCAAGAUUAUAUAGACGGACGAAUAGAGAAGUACCUACUAAACCUUGUGCAUAUGUUAAAAAUGCAUUAAGUUUUCUGACUAAUUUUCGUACUAAUUAUAAUGACUUUGUACCAACGAAUGUUACCAUAUGGUUGCAAUUAGCACUGUCUUUGUUAACAGAAUGUUAUUUAACGUCUGUAACAGAUGUAUUGACAUCUGUUCAAAAAACUGAAGAGAGUUUAAGAAGAUUGAAAAAAAUACGUGAUAAAUCGACAGGAGUGCUUACAUCAGAUGCUCAAGGAAUUAGCGAUGAUGAAAAAAUUCGUAUUCAAUUACAAAUUGAUGUAAAUGCAUACAGUGCAAUGAUUACUGAACUCGAUGUACCAGUUUCAGAUAUAUCUCAUUUACAAGAAUUAUCGCAAGCUGUUGAAGCAGCUCUAAAAAAAUAAUAUUUUAGAACUAUUCAUCACCUCUUGCUUGACUUAUGUGACUUUAGCGACGGGUGUAGGAAGAAAAAAAAUAAAAUCAUAUUAAGAGAA